GGCCAGAGGAGAGGCGAGGCGAGGCGGGCGGCGGCGGCGCCAUGAGGGCCGGGCGGGGGCUCCCACGUGUGCAGAGGACUGAGGGCCCCAUGUGCUAGUGACCGCCUGCCAUGCUGGCCUGUCUGCCGGGACCAGGCGACCUCUCCUUCCAGCUGCUUUCUUACCCGCAGAUGAACGCUGGACUUCAGAAAUGGGACACUCCACAGAAAAUGAGAGCCGCACAGCAGCACCCUACUCCAGCAGAGUUGGACGCGUAUGCUAAGAAGGUGGCCAGCCAUCCUCUGACUAUCAAAAUUUUCCCCAACAGCGUCAAGGUCCCCCAGCGGAAACACAUCCGCCGCACCGUGAACGGGCUGGACACUUCCGGGCAGCGCUACAGCCCCUACCCGCCGUCGCAGGCCUCCGUGAAGACGGGCCUCCUGGCCAUCGUCCGGUCCCCGCCGGCCAAAGGGAUCGUCAAGGACUUUGACGGGACCCGGACGCGCCUGCUGCCGGAAGCCAUGAUGAACCCCCCCUCUGCCCCCUACGCGGCACCCAGCACUUUAAGCCACCCGCAGGCGUUGGCCCGCCAGCAGGCUCUGCAGCACGCCCAGGGCUUGGCGCAGCAGCACCCUCAGGGGAUCCCCACGGCCCUACAGCAGCCGCAGCACCCGCAGAGCAUGGCCCACCCGGCCCUGCAGCCUCCGCCGCACCACGCCAACCACUUGCUCCAGCAGCAGCAGCAGCAGCCGCCGGCAGCGGGCCUGCACGGGGGCCGGAAGAUGGCCGACGCUGACGCCCCGCCGAAUGUGACUGUCUCUACCUCAACCAUCCCCCUCUCCAUGGCUGCCACGCUGCAGCAGAACCAGCCCCCGGACCUGAGCAGCAUCGUCCACCAGAUCAACCAGUUCUGCCAGGCCCGCGCGGGCAUCAGCGCUACCUCAGUUUGCGAGGGACAGAUUGCCAACCCCAGCCCCAUCAGCCGCAACCUCCUGAUCAGCGCGAGCACCCGGGUGUCCGCCCACAACGUCCCCACGCCCCUGCCUUCCUGCGUGGUGGACCCUGGGGUCCCCCCCUCGGGCCCCGGGGCCAUGGGUGUCCCGCCGCUGGGGGGCGUCGUCGGCCGGGGGCCCCCCGCCUACCAAAGCGAAAUGAAGCAGGUGGCAGCCUGGAACCAGCACCAGCUUGCUCACCUGCAGCAGAUGUGCGGCGAGGCCGUCGGCCCCUCGGGCCUGAUGGGGAAGCCCCCCGGGCGGGAGCUGCCCGGGCAGGGCUUUGCCGGCAAGGCCCCCGGCUACGCCCUGGACCUCUGCAUGGGCCAGCCUUUCAACGUGAAGCCCCCGCUGGAGAAGCCCACCCCCUCGCCGCCGGUCAACAGCUUGCCGGGCCCCGCCCCCUACACCAACGGGCACUACUUCCAGCCCCUGUGGAAUAACAUUCUGCCCACGCCCAACAGCGACAGCUCGGGCUCCCAGGACCUGGCGAUGCCUUUCCACGGCGGAGGCGGGGGGCAGCCCCUGGGGGCCGGCCUGGAGUGCACCGGCGGACCUCACUACAGGGCCGGGGCCGGCGGCCCCCCUGCCCAGGGCGGCCUGAUGCAGACGAUGGAAUACCUGAGCGGGGACUUCCAGCACUCCUGCCUCCGGGAGCAGCAGGGGGGCGGGGGGGUGCUGAGCAAAGCCCCCCGCCCCGCCAUGAACCGAGCCCACGAUCCCGCGGAUAGUCGCAGCCUUCAUAUUCAGCACCCAGGGUAUAGAUAAGGCAGCCGUCACUUUUCACUGACCAGAGCGAAGAUUAGGGUUAGUCUUAAUUUGAAUUAAUAAGCAAAAGGUGUGUGGCUGUUUGUUUGGUUUUAUUCCUUUUGGUUUAUUGCUUAUUUUUUUUAAACGUGCAAACUUUGGUGAUCCCGGUGACCAACUGCCGAAGGAGGUUUUUAAGCGGAGGUCUAGCCCCCUGCAGUGCAGGAAUCGUAGCUUGAGAAGCCCUGGCAGGUGGCUACCCAACCUCGGCUUAGAAACCUCCAGCUAAGGAGAGCCCACCCUCUUCCCAGGUAGUCCAUUCCACUGUCAAAACAGUUCUUACCCUCAGGAAGCUAUUCCUAAUGUUCAGCCAGAAUCUCCUUCUUGUCAUCAGUUUGGUUCCUCCCCUCUGGAGCGGCAGAAAACAAGCUUGCCCCAUCUGCAGAUAUUGGAAGACGGCUAUCUUGUCGCCUCUCAGAGUCUUCUUUUCUGCAGGCUAUACAUUCCCAGCUGAACUGUUUCUUGUAAGGCUUGGUUUCCAGGCCCUUUAUCACCUUGGGACGCUCAACAUGUUGAUGCAGGCUAGACUAGCAUUUGCUUUUUUUGCUGCUGCAUCACACGGUUGACACAUCUUAAGCUUGUCAUCUACUGUGACCCCCCUAGGCCCUUUUCAUAGCUUAUACAUACAGCCCUGCAGUGCCCAUUUGUGGGGAAGGCUGUGAGCUGGCUAUUUUUGGAAGGGGCUUGUGCUGUUGGGGCACAGCCCUACAGGAAAACACCCACGCCCAGGGUCCUCUUCAUCCCCCAGACAGGCUUGCCAUGGUCGUCAUCAUGAGUUUAUUUGUAUGUUGCUUUUCCAUGACAGAGCCACACUCAGAGCGGCUCACGGGAACAUGCAGAAUAAAAUACAGCGUUUCAAGAUAAUACAUUUAAUACAGUGGUACCUCUGGUUAUGUACUUAAUUCGUUCCAGAGGUCUGUUCUUAACCUGAAACUGUUCUUAACCUGAGGUACCACUUUAGCUAAUGUGCCAGAGGGGGAUAAUAUUUCCCCAGUUUUCUUGCGUCCUCUCACAGCCUUGGCCUCCAAAGACAGAACUUGAGCAUACAGUGAUCACCAUGAAGUUUGCAGUUUAAACGAAAAGGAUAAUAAUCACAAUAAUGAUUAACAGCUGCAUUUUUUAAAAAAAUUAUUUCUCUGUACACUGGCUAAAGCGAUUGCUGUACACUGUAAACUCGGACGUGUAAUAUUUCUGUGUGAAUGUUACCUGGUAGCGUGGUGGGGUCUGAGUAGCACUCUGGGGGUCAGCCCACUGCCCCUUCCCCCCUCUCCCCAACCUUUCCCUUCCCACAGCCCCGUGGGGGCUAAAAACACAUUGAUGACAAAUUAAUGAAGCCUUAAGCUGUUGCUCCUCCGGUUCUCCCUAACGAGCAUGGAUUAAACUCUGAAAGCUAUCAGACAAAAACUUCUUUUUUAAAAGAAAGAAGAAAACCACGACAAAAUUUCCAAAUGUUUAAAAGUGAUGUCCUAGUUGGCUUAGAGGUUCUUAAGGAUUUUUCAGAAGUUGGGGAAAUUAGGAUCAGUUUUUAAAUCUGUGUAUCUCUUUUGAUUUAGGUGUCUAGUUCUGGGCUGUAGGAAACCUCGGUAACCUUCUUGAGCUUAGCUGCCAUCUCCCUCCGCCCGCCCCCCCCCCCGCCCCCCAACCUAGUGCAGGAUCCUUUGGCUAUUUUAAAAAUCCCUCGAUCAGGGUGUUAGAAGAAUCGUGAGGUCCUUCCUUUUUUAAAAGUGCUGUUGCGCUGUCUCCUUAGGACAAGAUUCAGUGAUCUAAAAUACUUUUUUUUUAUUUAGUGGAUUAAAUUAUGCGCCGGCUUGCGUUGCCUUAACAGGAUGCCUGAUCUGUUACGCCAAAUCCUAGCGCCACAGAAAUCCUAAUUUAUUGUUCUUAGAAUCUGACCCCUGCGGCCUUUUUGCUUGCUUUUUUUUUAAAUUUGCUGGGGAGAGGGAGGAAGAAGAUGGGGUCCACACAUUUUGGUGAAAAAAUGGGUGGUCUCCAAUCUCACUUCUGCCCCCCAUCCUACUCCCAGCGAAGGGUUCUCCUGCAAUCCCCCCCCCCC